AUGACGAAGUGGACGACGACGAAGACGGUGGCGCUGCCGGCGCUGCCUCUGUCGCCGACGUCGCCACAGGGAGAGAAGGCGGAGGCCGCCGCCUCGCAGCAUCGGGUGCUACUCGUCACCGUGAUGGGCGAGAGACGGGGCAGCGGCGGCGGAGUGGGAAGCAAGUGCUGGUACCUGCUCACCAUGCUGCUGGCACUCGCCUGCCUCGUGCUAGCCUGCCUCGUCCUCUACAAGUAUGUGCCAUACGUUUCCAGACCACCGCCAACGCCAGAGCCGUGUGAGAUCACGUACUGCGCGUACGGCGCCACGUGUCACGCGAACGACACCGACGGCGCGUACUGCGACUGCGAGGAGACGUGCACGAGCGUGUUCGCGCCCGUCUGCGGCAGCGACGGAGUCACCUACAUCAACGCCUGCCACCUGCGGCGCGCCAGCUGCAACAAACAAGAGAGCAUCGUCAUCAGACAGGAGCGACAGUGUGAUGAGCGAGACCCGUGCGAGAACACGCGAUGUCCCUACGGCGCCGAGUGCGUGCGGUCGAUCGACGGAACGACGGCGGCCUGCGAGUGCCCGAAGGCGUGCUACUCGUACGGCGACAACGUCGGCGGCGCCGAGGUGUGCGGCAGCGACGGACGCAACUAUCCGAACACGUGCGAACUGAAUAAGGCAGCCUGCGAGAACAUGCGCAACAUCAGCGUCGUCUACGAGGGCAAGUGCG